AUGGUUAUGGGCAGCGCCAAUUCUGAUCAGAAAGAUGUUGACCUCAGCGAUAAAAAUGGUUCAAAAGCAGAGGACGAAGACGAUGGAGCCGAUGCACUUGAGGACGAUGGAGACGACGAGUACGAUGGGAACGGAAAACGUAAGAAGCGAAAACGACGAGUUUUGUUCACCAAAGGUCAAACGUACGAGUUGGAGCGACGGUUCCGCACGCAAAGGCACCUGAGUGCACCUGACCGAGAACAGCUUCCCAUCCAAAUUCGACUCACUCCUACUCAAGUGAAAAAUAUGGUUCCAAAAAUCAUC